CACAACCCCUUCUGUCUCAUUUUGACCGUUCUCGAUCUCCACCCUGUCCUGCCUAUUGCUUCCAUCACCCAGGAUCCAGAUCAGCCAAUCCCAUCAGUGCCGGCAGUCGCUCCAGCUCCCCAGGCAAGCUGCUGGGGCACGGCAGCUACGGCCGGAUCCCUCGAGCCACGGUGUCGGCCUCCUCCACGCCGGCAGACAAGCGCAGCAAGAUCCCGCGCAGCCAGGGCUGCAGCCGUGAGACCAGCCCCAGCCGGCUGGGCCUCGACCGGUAUGGUUUGAUUCACCAAGCAAGAAUCUCUGCGUCAGUCAACGCCAUGAGGGUCCUGAACACUGGCACAGAGGUGGAGGCAGCAGUUGCUGAUGCUCUGCUAUUAGGAGACUCCAGGAAUAAGAGGAAGCCGUUGAGGCGGAGGUACGAAUCACCGGGGAUGUACUCUGAUGAUGAUGCCAACAGCGACGCGUCCAGUGCUUGCUCUGAGCGCUCAUAUGGCUCAAGGAACGGUGGCAUCCCCCAUUACCUGCGCCAGACAGAGGAUGUCGCGGAGAUCCUGAACCACUGUGCCAGCUCCAACUGGUCAGAGAGGAAGGAGGGCCUGCUGGGCCUGCAGAAUCUCCUCAAGAGCCAGAGGGUACUGAGCCGAGUGGAGUUGAAGAGACUUUGUGAGAUCUUCACAAGGAUGUUUGCAGAUCCACACAGCAAGAGAGUGUUCAGCAUGUUCCUGGAGACCCUAGUAGACUUCGUCACAGUACACAGGGAGGACCUGCAGGACUGGCUUUUUGUCCUGCUCACCCAGCUGCUGAAAAAGAUGGGGGCAGACCUGCUAGGCUCAGUCCAGGCCAAAGUCCAGAAGGCCCUGGAUAUCACGAGGGAGUCCUUCCCAUUUGACCAACAGUUCAACAUUCUGAUGAGAUUUAUCGUCGAUCAGACUCAGACACCUAAUCUCAAGGUUAAGGUGGCCAUUUUGAAGUACAUUGAGUCCCUGGCUCGGCAGAUGGACCCCACAGACUUUGUCAACUCCAGCGAGACACGCCUGGCCGUAUCUCGCAUCAUCACCUGGACCACUGAACCCAAAAGUUCCGAUGUCAGGAAGGCGGCCCAGGUGGUGCUCAUCGCUUUGUUUGAGCUCAACACCCCAGAGUUCACCAUGCUGCUGGGAGCGCUGCCCAAAACCUUCCAAGACGGAGCCACCAAACUGCUGCACAACCACCUGAAGAACUCCAGCAACACCAGCAGCAGUGUGGGGUCUCCGAGCAACACCAUUGGCCGGACGCCGUCGCGCCACACCCCCAGCAGAACCAGCCCCCUCACCUCUCCCACAAACUGUUCCCACGGAGGGCUGUCUCCAAGCAUGAUGGAGUAUGACACCGAGAACAUGAACUCGGAAGAGAUCUACAGCUCGCUGCGCGGUGUCACCGAAGCCAUCCAGAGCUUCAGCUACCGGAGCCAGGAGGACCUGAAUGAGCCAAUCAGACAGGAGGGCAAGAGGGAUGAUGCAGCAGGACGAGAAGGCGUGUCGUCCUCUACUGGCUCUGACGCCCGCCUGGGCUUAGACAUGGUGGAAGGGGGCCGCACCGCCUUAGACAACAAGACGUCACUACUCAACACGCCAUCACCUCGCUCGUUCUCUGGGCCACGGGGCCGCGAGUUCGCUCCUUAUGGCUACGGAGAAACAAUCUGCACAUAUGACAAGAGCGCCCUGAAGGAGGCUGUCUUUGACGAUGACGUGGAGCAGUUCCGAGACUGCCGGCGUCAGGAAAGUGGUGAAAACAAGAUGAUGUUCCCCAAGGUCUUUGCUCCUGGUAAAGUCGGCCAUGACCACUCAGACCUGGUGGCCGACCUGCUUAAGGAACUGUCCAAUCACAACGAGCGUUCUGAGGAGCGUAAAGUCGCCCUGGUGGAGCUGCUGAAGAUCACACGUGAAGACAGCCUGUCUGUGUGGGAUGAACACUUUAAAACCAUUCUCCUCCUCCUGCUGGAGACCCUGGGUGAUAAAGACCACACCAUCCGUGCCAUGGCCCUGCGUGUGCUGAAAGAAAUUCUGAGGAACCAGCCGGCCCGCUUCAAAAACUACGCUGAGCUAACCAUCAUGAAGACCCUGGAGGCUCAUAAAGACUCUCACAAGGAGGUGGUGCGUGCAGCCGAGGAGGCGGCGUCCACCCUGGCCGGCUCCAUCCACCCAGAGCAGUGCAUCAAGGUGCUGUGCCCUAUUGUGCAGACAGCUGACUACCCCAUAAACCUGGCUGCCAUCAAGAUGCAAACCAAAGUCAUUGAACGCAUCGCCAAGGACUCCUUACUGCAGCUGCUGCCCGACAUCAUUCCUGGACUCCUGCAGGGCUAUGACAACACAGAGAGCAGUGUUCGCAAGGCUAGCGUGUUCUGUCUGGUGGCUAUCUACUCUGUAAUUGGCGAGGACCUGAAACCUCACCUGGCACAGCUAACAGGCAGCAAGAUGAAGUUACUGAACCUGUACAUCAAGCGGGCCCAGACGACCAACAGCAAUAGCAGCAGUUCCUCAGACGUCUCCUCUCACAGCUAAUGGAGGGAGGUUUCAUUUGGAAACCCUGUGGACGAACGGCGUUCCAGGAUUUCCAGGGCAUAGACACGCUUCUUUCCGACUUCACCAUCUCUGAGCUUCCCCUCC